AUGACGGAUCUGCUGCAGGUGCUGCCUGACUUUGACGCCAGACCCUUUUCCCAUCUGCUGCCCUCGCUCGACAAGGCCCUCAUCACCACCAAUGAUGUCGUCACCCUCGACGCCGCCCACGUUGCCAGACGCGCCCAGCUGCCUGCGGGCGAGCUGAGGAAGCUUGCAGAUGCCCUUGUGCCCGCCCUGCACCGCCAGCUUGGGUUCCGCGCCGCCGACGCCCCUGCAAACUUCUUCGCCGACAGCGACGGCUGGACCUGUAUAAGCACCUUGGACGACGCGCUCGAUGCUGCGCUGCGUGGGGGCAUCCCGCGUGGCUAUCUGGUAGAGGUUACUGGCGAAAGGUAUUGCCCCCAUACACCAACUCCUCACAUGCGCGCAUGUGGCUUGGCCUCACCACUAACUCCUCGCAGUGGUGCCGGGAAAACACAGCUUCUCCUGACUCUUCUCCUGGCCUCACAGCUGCCGCCGCCGCGCGGCUUCGCAAAGUCGGCAGUCUACAUCUCCACCGAGGCAGUCCUGUCUACAACCCGCCUCGCCCAGCUGCUUUCCUCCCACCCGGCCCUGGCGUCCCUCCCAGCCUCGGAAAAGCCCUCGCUGUCUCGCAUCCUGAGCAUAAAAACCCCGGAUCUUGAGUCGCAGGAGCAUAUUCUGCGCUACCAGCUACCUGUGGCCAUCAAGAAGCACGGCGUAGGCCUUGUAGUCGUCGACUCGGUCGCCGCAAACUACCGCGCCGAAUUCGACAAGCAGGGCACUGGAAAUGGCACGGCUGCGCCCAUGGCCCGCCGUGGCACACAGCUCGUGCAGCUCGGCGCCUUGCUUAGGGAGCUUGCGCGCACAGAAGGCAUUGCCAUAGUCGUUGCGAACCAGGUUGCCGAUCGCUUCACCAAGCCGCCAUCCGCUGCCUAUUCUUCUUCUGCGUCCACUUCCAACGCAGCUUCACGCACAACAUCAGCAAAUACCGACGGUACCAGCCAAACAAACGACGCUGUACCCGCGCCUCCCUCACAGCUCGACCAGAGCAUCCUACUCUCGCCCGACCCCCUGGCCCUCGACCACCAACAAGGCUGGUUCACAGGCUGGGGCGACUCGCCAUACGAGCAGCUCCACGUUCAAAAGACUCCUUCGCUGGGCCUUGUCUGGACAAACCAAGUCGCCUGCCGCAUUGCCCUGAAGAAGCAGCCCGUCUUUGCCAGCAGACCUCUGAUCCACACCGUCAAUGGCCAAGAGCAGUGGAACGACGACGAAAUUCACAUUUCAAAGUGGCGCCGCUGGUUCAAGCUAGUUUUUGCCCCCUGGGCCCCGCCAUGUCCAGGCCGCGGCAUCGAGUUUGAGAUUCAAAAGAGUGGCAUCAGGCAUCUUGUCAAGGCAAAGGGCUAG